AUAUGCCAUAUUCUAUCUGGACUGUAGAGGAUUACACAAACUGUCAAAAAUGUUAGGAAUGUUUAUGAACAUUUUUACAUUUCGAAAAAUAGAAGCGGCAGCAAUUGGAAUCAUUGCCUCCAGAAGACAUCUAUGAAACUGAACACUGGUGCAAUUGCCUCUGGAGCUGGUCGUGUGUAGUAAGUGCGAAGCUAUCUUCGUACCACUCAAGCCAGCACGUGACAAACGCUUGGUAAUACGUUUCUUUUAAUCGGUGGUGACUGAUUCAUCAUCCUAAAAUGCGACAUCUGUGAUAGGUGCGCCAGAGGAGUGUUUGGAUCUCUUCUUGUAACACGCUGGGGUACGGAUGUAGCCUACUCUUCAAAUGGGCGAAAACUAGUUGUGUUGUAGGCUACGUUACUAUCGUGAUUAGGCUAGCUACGGACUCACACUGGAUAUCUCCGAACAAAGAAGUAUUCAUUCAUACAGUAUGAAUGAAAAGGCUUAUGCAAAAUGUGUAAAUUAUUCUAUUGCAGACUUUGUCACGUCGAGUUAUCACAAAUAAAAGAUGUUUGUAUUGUCACUUGUAAUUGCCUACUGCCGCGUUCACUCAAGUGGACAUAAAGGCUAAAUGUAGGUAGUGCGGUGUUCAUGCGGUAGUUUAUACCCUACACAGCUUUAACGACACUAGGACAUUCCCCUCGCUGCAACUGAGCAUCCCUCAUCGGAGCGUCACAAAUGGCUUGGCUUUCGGGGAAAGGGCAAACAAGUCCUGUGUGUACAGAGAAAAGACGGUUAUAUUGAACUCCACAGACCACUCAACUCUCAGGCUUACAGCUUAGGGAGGAAAGAAAUCUCAGAAUCGAAUCUCAUGGGCGCGACAUCUAAUGCAACGAUUUCACUGGCAUCUGUGAAGACCAUACCAGUGAUUUUUAACUUUUCGUGUUGUGACAUAUACCUUCAUUUAUGAUGAAAGAAACAGUGCGUUUUUCUCCAUUACGAAUCCGUGGAAUCUUGUCACAAUUUAUAUCUUUAAAUUAAUUGGCUAUUUUUAUUAGUUUACUUAUGUGAACGAAAGGGAUACGAGAACAGUGUCUGUGAAAAGUUGAAGGACAGUUAAUGGGUAAACCUUUGCAAAGAGGCAUUCACUUGUGAGAAAGGAUUGUUAGUGUUGAUAAUUCGGCUACACAGGCACCUUUCCUCAGAAGACUUUGGUUCACCGAAGACUCUGAACACGCAGAAAUGCUGAUGAAAGAAUACAGAAUAUGUAUGCCACUUACCGUGGAGGAGUACAGGAUUGGCCAGCUGUACAUGAUCAGCAAGCACAGUCUGGAGCAGAGCGAGCGGGGGGAGGGCGUGGAGGUCGUCCAGAACGAGCCCUACGAGGACCCCACACACGGCCUGGGCCAAUUCACGGAGAAGCGCGUCUAUCUCAACAACAAGCUGCCCAGCUGGGCGAGAGCCGUGGUGCCCAAAAUAUUCUAUGUGACGGAGAAGGCCUGGAACUAUUACCCACACACAAUCACAGAGUACACAUGCUCAUUUCUGCCCAAGUUCUCCAUUCAUAUAGAGACCAAGUAUGAGGACAACAAAGGCACCAAUGACAAUAUUUUCGACAGCUUGGAGAAGGAUGAGGCAACAGAGGUGUGCUCUGUUGACAUCGCCUAUGAUGAGGUCCCUGAACGCCAUUACAAAGAGUCAGAGGUGAGAGGUCAUAGAGUUAAGGGGGAGUACAGACCACCAGCUGAGUUCAGACACUUUUCAUGUUAUUUACAUAAAUAUUGUUAAUGGAUCCAAGCAGUUUAGGCAAUUUAAGUGGAUAUAGUUAUAUGUAAUGUGCUUCUCCUUGUUGUUGGUAUUAGUGCUGAUUACAUUCCAGGUCCUCACCUCAGUUCAGUAUCUAUUUGCGUCUCACCUGAAUAUCUAUGUUUUUCAUUCUCCGUAGCCCCAGUCACAUGACAACACAAGACUUUUUUUCAAUUCUACAGGUGCAUGUGUUGAAACCAACAGUGACCCUCAGACACCUUUAGAGAUCAGUUAGUCCAGCCGUUGGUCAGUGAGCGUAGCUCCAGAUGGACACCCCCCUGCUGAAGGGCUGUUUCUGUGUAUUUCCUCCAGCCGUCCUCUGAAUGAGAACACCCUGCUGCUGGAUCAAUACCUUCUCAAUUCACUGCCUGCCUCCUCUCUGUAUCCUCCAUUGAGAAGGGAAAUGUUCAGCCAAUCAAUACACUUUAAUGAAUCAAGGAGCCUGUCAUGGUCGAUUUUCCACCAGGCCCGUAACUCAAGCCGGCAAAGGCAUGGUAAUGUGUGAGUGACUGGCAGUCAGAGGCAGUCAGUGGCUGCUAAUGAAAUCGCAUGCUGAUUAGGAUGCAAUUAAAAUCAGCAGUUUUUCCUCACCGGGACUUUAUUGUUAUUUAUUUCAUUAUUCAGCGAGGGUGAAACAAUACCUGCUCGGACGAUCCAGUGUGGAUUAAUAGAGCUUGUCAGUUUACAGCAAAUCAAAUUAAAAUCAUUAGUUUCAAGCAAAUAGAAAGCUAUUUGUGAUAAUAGAGGAACUAUAAAUAAAAAUAGAUCCAUUAGUUUGUGUAUGGGGUUGGCGGUAUAUUUUUUUAUACUUUGUUCCAGAAUCCCUUGAUCAGAUUAUCUCUAGUAUUCAUUAUUCUACUCUGCAAAGC